AAAUCCUUGUCAUUUAUGAUUCGAUAUUUACUGGGUUGAUCCGCAACAAGAAGAAUCAACUACACCAGCGUCGCUAUUCGGGCUAACUAACCAAAAUGAGUUUUAGUCCCUCGCAAGAAAGUCAUCUUUCGGCCAGCGAAAAAAAGCGAACACCCAAAUGUGCAAGGUGCCGUAAUCAUGGUUUUGAGUCAAUUUUGAAGGGCCAUAAAGGUUUCUGUAGAUGGAGAGACUGCCUAUGUCCAAAAUGUAUGCUAAUAGCAGAAAGGCAACGAGUUCUCGCAGCACAAGUUGCGCUAAGAAGACAGCAGAUGCAGGAGCAAAGAGAGCCUCUUCCCCCUGGAGAUGUUUUCACAGCUCUUCACCGAGUAAACGAGGGAAAACUUCAAAGUCCUCCUCCAGAGUCGGAGUCGCCUUCUCCUACAGACGACGAGAAAACAGAAAUUAAGAAAGAAGCGCAGUCCCCCUUGGACGAGACCUUUAACGAUACAGAAGCCCCGAAUGGUAAUUCAUUUGGAACAUUUGCUCGACUGCCAGAUUCCCAGCAUGGACACCUCGUAGGACCACACUCAACUGACUCUCAUCCGGACUGCACUUGUUCUGCCUUCCGUCCGUUUGCCAACUCAUUUGCACCUCAAAACCCAAAAUUAAAGCGAAAGUGUUCUUCGGAUGCUCCCGUAGAGAGUCCUAAUAACUACACUGUAAGCUCAAUGAUCAGCGAUGGCAUGCACGAGAAGAGAAGACGAUUUCAAUUCCCCGACUGUGAGCCUCAAGACAAGCCGUCUUUUCCGAUGCUACAUCUACCGCCUUUCUCUCAUCGCCGGUCACAGCCCAUUGAACUUAUGAUGAGAAUAUUCCCUAAGAUUAAAGUUAGCGUGCUACAGCUUAUUCUCCAAUCAUGUGGCAACGACGUAGUGCAGGCAAUUGAAGAGGUUUUAACAAAGUGCAAAAGCGACCCGACCAUUUUAGCUGAUACAAGUCCUUGGUCUCGACCACCUCUUGUAGAGGAUAUCUACCGAGACUUUAGAACACUGCGACCUGAGAGUUAUAAAUAUGUACGCGGUACUGACGCUUUCAUGGGGAGUGGAAAAUCUGCCUUUACACCAAUAUCACCAUUUUCAAAAUCGCCUUUUCUACAGACAUCACCGUCUACACAUAUCGCCUUUGCAAUGGACAGUAUUCGAAACAAAGACAAUAAUGUCCCGAUUUCUUUUUUUCUGGAGCCGCGUUUGAACUCGUCAGCGCUGGCAAAUCUUUCGAGGGACAAACGUAACAAUAAGAAUCCAGAAGACAGCGAAUCUUUAGAGAGGAACAAUGACGACUCGACGUCGAGUGAAAAAGAAAAGCAGAAUUGAACACAAACUUUAAAAAUUUACCUUAAAACCACACUACCAAAAACAAACAUUUGUUCGUCGCUGUUUUCGACCAUUGAAAAUAAGCGAGAUGGUGUGAGUGGUCGUGUACAUAAUAUUCAAUCUAGUCAAUGUAAAAUGAAGUUGUUUAGAAAGUCCAUUCAUUCAUAUUUGUGCUUAUAUAAACCAAGAAAAUAUCGCUUCAUAACGAUUUGUCUAAAGACCCUUCCUAUCAACACCAAAUAAAAAUACAAUUUCAAAC